GUAUAAGCAGCCGCCGUGCACCCGCGCUCGCGCCAUAGAUAUAUGUGACCGGCGUGCUGCAGCGCAAGGGACGGCAAUAAGGCGAGUACGUCAGCAUUGGUUUGUGGCUCCACUCCACCAUGCCCCCCGAUGUCGCCGGUGAUUACACCACGAUUGACCAAUUCGAGCCGACGAGUCCCCAGAAGCAGUAGUAGUACAGUCAGAGUAGUUGCGAGUGUCAAUCCUACGUCUCGCCAGUCCACGUCCCGACGCUCGAUACGUGAUUCCAGCCGCGUAGCCUUUACCUACACUCGUGAAUGCCGCCAGCGCCCGCGCCUCUAGCCAAUGCUGCACAACACAUGAUAUCCACCCUCUCCACCGCCCGCUUUCUCAGGGUUGUCAUCUAAAAUGGAUCCGUCUGCGUCCACUUUACCUCUCUUGGUAUUUCCUUGCAAUACCACUGCCAUCCAUUCGUCGCAGCUGAGACAGGAUGGAAACUUGGCGAUAGCAGGCCCCAGCAGCAACCCCUCGCCCCACCCUGCAGCAGCCUUGCUGCAUCAGCAACACUUUCCCUACAAGCGAUUGAUGGGUCAGUGGGCUAUCGUAGGCUCAUCACUACCACUCUGGAAAGGCAAAGCCAACGUCAUUUGUCGAUAUACUCCAGAGUCACCUCUGCCAGAUACCGCACCUUUGCCUACUCGAUUGAUCAAAGCGACGCACCUUCCACCUUCUACAAGCACCGCGCCCGCCGUCGAGCCUAGGACUUCGCCAGUCCUCCAAGCCCCCUCGGACAUGGCUGAUCAAGUGCGAUUCUACGAUGAGAUAUAUUACGACGCUUUGGACGAGGAUGGAAGGAUACUGGAAGGCAAAGGGGUUGAAAGGGGAGGAGCGACACAUAUAUCCGGGCGAAACACAAUAGAUGACAAAGGGCGGAACGGUGCUUCAUUCCAUUGGAGAGGGUUUUGGUGGCUCAAGCCUUUCACAAGCAGAUGGCAAGUGCUGGGUUUCAGUCGAAAUUUCGUAGGAGUCAAAGCUCCCUCUAAUGAGCCGGAGUGGAUCAUUACCUACUUCAGCGCGACUCUCUUCACUCCUGCCGGAGUGGAUGUAUAUGCUCGAGAGGCAAGUUCGCUCAGCGACGAGACCUUGGACGAGAUCAUUCAAGCCAUGAGGCAGGGAGGGCUUGUCGCACCUCAUCAAGAACCAUGGGAAGAGAAUCUAUCCGAAGCAUCGGCAGAGCAUCGAGCUGUGCUUCGGCGGCUGGCUGGCCAGGUCUUCAGGAUACCCCACACAAGGCCUACGCAGCCUCCUUUGUGAAAAAUGGCCUACACGCUCUCGGCGUGAAUGAUAGGCUGCCCAUUGACUCCUCUUGAUGCCAAGUUUCUUGGGUCGAAUCCUGUACACUAUGCUCCUGACAAUCAAGUAUCCAUCAACACCCGAGCCAGUAAUCA